AUGAUCAACAAAUUUGACAGGUGAGUAAAAAUGCACAUCUGUUUUUUUGUGUUAAUUGUUUAAUGAGUUGAGCAAAUUGAUAUGUUAUAAUAUCACAUGACGUGAUCAACUAAUGCAUGGUGUAAUACAUGUUCUAAAGCUAAUGCCUACUAUUUGGUGAUUGCUGUCCUAUUUAUCAUUGAUGAUUUAUUAUGAAACCACUCCUGUCGUCUUUAUCUUAUGCAGCACAAUCAGAAGUUUCGGUGAUGAUGACAACAACAUAUUGAAUAGCUUUCGCUAGUUUCGCUGAAAGCUGUCAGAUUGAAACUGAGACCGAGAGAACCAGGGCCAAUUUGUUAGACACCAGUUCAUUGACAGAAGUUAACCAAACCAGUGGUUUGGUUAAAGAAGAAGAGGAAGGUGUUGAGUAGUCAGUGCAGUCCUCAUAACAAGAGUAUAUGGCUUUUCCAGACCAGAUAAGCCACUACAGGUGCAGAGGAGUGAAUAGCAAUAGCAGUGGCCAUAACCAUUCACCUUUUCACCUUAGGCCUGCCUCCGUGUGCUUAUGGAAAUAGAUUUUGCCAGCAACUCUACUACUUAUUUGAGUGAAAACCUAUUUUCUGUGUCUCAGUGUGCUGUUGGCCCAGAAGAAGUUUAUCUACCACUAUAAGAACAUGCGCUGGGCCAAGGGCCGACACGAGACCUACCUUUGCUUCGUGGUCAAGAGGCGGGUGGGACCAAACUCACUCUCCUUCGACUUUGGACACCUGCGCAACCGGUUUCGGGGGGGGGGGGGGGGGGGGGGGGGGGGGGGCUUUUGGAGGUUUGAGGGGGAGGGGGAAGGGGGAGGGGGGAGAGGGGGUGAGAGGAGGGAGGGAGGGGGGUGUGGAAGGGGGUAGGCUUGAUUUAGGAGGGGGUUUUCUUUUUCUUUUUCCUUCUCUUUUGCUUUUUUUAUUCUUUCGUUUUCUUUUCGUUCUUUCUUUUUUCCCUUUCUUUCUUUUCUUUUCUCGCUUUUUUUUUUUUUCUCUUUUUGUUCUUUUUGCUUUCAGUUUAUCUCUUCUCUUUCUUUCCCCCUCUCUCCUUUCCCUUUCAUUCUUCUCUUUCUUUCCCUUCCGGGUCCUUUCUUUUUUCUUCCCCCUUGCUCUUGUCUCGUCUUUAUUCUCUUGUCUGUCCCUGUUGCUCCAGUUCUCUCCCUCUUUCCGUCUUUAUACACUGCUCAAAAAAAUAAAGGGAACACUUAAACAACACAAUGUAACUCCAAGUCAAUCACACUUCUGUGAAAUCAAACUGUCCACUUAGGAAGCAACACUGAUUGACAAUACAUUUCACAUGCUGUUGUGCAAAUGGAAUAGACAACAGGUGGAAAUUAUAGGCAAUUAGCAAGACACCCCCAAUAAAGGACUGGUUUUGCAGGUGGUGACCACAGACCACUUCUCAGUUCCUAUGCUUCCAGGCUGAUGUUUUGGUCACUUUUGAAUGCUGGCUGUGCUUUCACUCUAGUAGUAGCAUGAGACGGAGUCUACAACCCACACAAUUGGCUCAGGUAGUGCAGCUCAUCCAGGAUGGCACAUCAAUGCGAGCUGUGGCAAGAAGGUUUGCUGUGUCUGUCAGCGUAGUGUCCAGAGCAUGGAGGCACUACCAGGAGACAGGCCAGUACAUCAGGAGACGUGGAGGAGGCCGUAGGAGGGCAACAACCCAGCAGCAGGACUGCUACCUCCACCUUUGUGCAAGGAGGAGCAGGAGGAGCACUGCCAGAGCCCUGCAAAAUGACCUCCAGCAGGCCACAAAUGUGCAUGUGUCUGCUCAAACGGUCAGAAACAGACUCCAUGAGGGUGGUAUGAGGGCCCGACGUCCACAGGUGGGCGUUGUGCUUACAGCCCAACACCGUGCAGUUGCCAGAGAACACCAAGAUUGGCAAAUUCGCCACUGGCGCCCUGUGCUCUUCACAGAUGAAAGCAGGUUCACACUGAGCACAUGUGACAGACGUGAACAGAGUCUGGAGACGCUGUGGAGAAACGUUCUGCUGCCUGCAACAUCCUCCAGCAUGACCGGUUUGGCGGUGGGUCAGUCAUGGUGUGGGGUGGUAUUUCUUUGGGGGGGCCGCACAGCCCUCCAUGUGCUCGCCAGAGGUAGCCUGACUGCCAUUAGGUACCGAGAUGAGAUCCUCAGACCCCUUGUGAGACCAUAUGCUGGUGCGGUUGGCCCUGGGUGCCUCCUAAUGCAAGACAAUGCUAGACCUCAUAUGGCUGGAGUGUGUCAGCAGUUCCUGCAGGAGGAAGGCAUUGAUGCUAUGGACUGGCCCGCCCGUUCCCCAGACCUGAAUCCAAUUGAGCACAUCUGGGACAUCAUGUCUCGCUCCAUCCACCAACGCCACGUUGCACCACAGACUGUCCAGGAGUUGGCGGAUGCUUUAGUCCAGGUCUGGGAGGAGAUCACUCAGGAGACCAUCCGCCACCUCAUCAGGAGCAUGCCCAGGCGUUGUAGGGAGGUCAUACAGGCACGUGGAGGCCACACACACUACUGAGCCUCAUUUUGACUUGUUUUAAGGACAUUACAUCAAAGUUGGAUCAGCCUGUAGUGUGGUUUUCCACUUUAAUUUUGAGGGUGACUCCAAAUCCAGACCUCCAUGGGUUGAUAAAUUUGAUUUCCAUUGAUCAUUUUUGUGUGAUUUUGUUGUCAGCACAUUCAACUAUGUAAAGAAAAAAGUAUUUAAUAAGAUUAUUUCAUUCAUUCAGAUCUAGGAUGUGUUAUUUUAGUGUUCCCUUUAUUUUUUUGAGCAGUGUAUAUUUUCCUAUCUCUUCCCCUUUCUUUCCUUCCCAUUUCUUCAUCACUCUCUUUCCCCUCAUUCUACUCUCCUUUCUCUCUAUCUGCAUCUUCCUCCCUCAAUCAUUUCUCUCUCUCCCUUCCUCACCUAUCUCCAUCACUCUCUCUCCCUCAUUCCUCACCUAUCUCCAUCACUCUCUCCCUCAUUCCUCACCUAUCUCCAUCACUCUUUCUCUAAUUUCUCACCUAUCACUCUCUCUCCCUCAUUCCUCACCCCUCUCCCUUUAUCACACACCUCCAUCACUCUCUUUCUUUCCACCCCCCUUAGCUGCUGUUCCUGCGCCUCUUGGAAGCUGGCGCCCUGUGUCCGGGCCUGUGGGGUUAUGGAGCUCCAGACAGUGUGGGACUGUGUUACUCUGUCACCUGGUUCUGUUCCUGGUCUCCCUGCUCAGACUGCUCCUACAGACUGGCCCAGUUGCUCAGCCAGACCCCCAACCUCCGCCUCAGGAUCUACGUCUCCAGGCUCUACUUCUGUGACCUGGAGGACAGCCGUGCGAGAGAGGGUCUCCGCGUGCUGCAGAGAGCCGGGGUGCAUGUGUGGGUGGGGGUGGGGGUCUCUUCCCUAAUGCAUCUCUCCUUAUAAUUCUGUCUCUUCCCUAUAGACUAUUUCUACUGUUGGCAGACCUUUGUGGCUCGCAGACAGCGUGUGUUUAAGGCCUGGGACGGACUGCAUCAGAACUCUGUUCAACUGGCCAGGAAACUUAACGACAUCCUCCAGGUAGGACACACACACACACACACACACACAAACACACACACUAUACCCUUGAGUUAGUAGGCUAAUGAUAUUUACUGAUUUGUCUUUCAGCCUGGUGAGGCAGAAGAUUGGAGAGAUGCUUUCGAGCUGCUUGGAUUGUGA